UCACACAAAGUAAACGGUCAUUUCCCAAUCAUGUCGUUUGUUUUUUACGCCUUUGCAUUUUGUUUUCACACUUAUCUUCUACUCGACACGGUACUUACCAAGCCUACCGUGACUUACGAUCAACGGCAGACAGGCGAGCACAACGUUCGAAUCGACUUGAAGGAUCUGAAGAUACUCGCUUUUGUUGAUUCUAAGAUAUUAGAAGAUUACACGGAUUAUGAUUACUUUUACGAUUACGCUGACUUUACCAUAAAACCGAUUUCAAAGCCUACGACCUCGGCCUCGGUUGAACCCUCGAGUACUUCGUCCAUUAAUGCGUCUACAUCUUCGAUCAUCAAAACGGAUUCCACAGAAAUUACACCAACGAACGAUUCAAUGACUACUACAUUAAGGAUCGAACAAUCUACGGAAAAUGCAACGAUAUCAACGAUAGAAGAUAAAAUAGAAACUUCGUCUAAUAAAGAAGAUAUCAUAGUGAUUGCAAGAUCACCGUUAAAAAAGAGAGCACAGCUUAGAGAUAUCUUGAAGAUACAAUCAUCGAAUAAUCGUUCCAAAUUUGUAUCAUUUGGAUAAUAAUUAUGUUAUUUUAAUUAUUUUACUUUAAUUUUUAUUUAAUGUCAAACACAAAAGCGACAUUUGUGUAUGUACUUUGUGUUCGUUUUCUCUUGUUUUUUUUUUUUUUAUUUUCUUUCUUUCUUUUUUUUUUUUAUUCGUGCGUUUGUGCGCGUACGUGCGCGCAUUCAUGUAUCGCAAAUUUAUUAGUAAACAAUUAAAUGUAAAAUUAUCCGUCAAUAUGGAUACGGGAGAUUAUAUUUCGAUGAUGGUUUUUUUUUUUUAUUUUUAUUUUUUUUAUAUAUAUAUAUAUAUAACAUAUUU